AUGUUGGCCGCUACGCCUCCGUCUGACUCCGCAUCCCAGUUAGACAAACCUAUCAAGAAACGUCUGCCGGGUGCUUGCGAGGAGUGCAGGAGGAAGAAGAGUGACAGCGCUAAGAUGCCAGACAAGAUAUGCACAUCUUGUCUAACAGCUGGUAUUGAAUGCUCUGCUGUUCCUCCACAAGUAAGUGGUACAAUUCAAGUUUGCAGUUAUAUUCGUAUACUGGAAGCAAGAAUAAAGAGACUAGAGAGCUAUAUUCAGGCAGUAAGGACUCUAUUUAUCACUGAGAAAUCCAAUUCUAACGCUUCGCAGCUCUCCCCGGAUGAGGAGGUGGAUCAAAUUCUAUCAAGACCACCACCAAGCCUAGGGAAAAGCUCGUUCAAAUUCAAGAAUCCAGUAGUCCCUGACAGCAAAUUUUCCGACUCAUCAGGGAAAUCUUCAGGUCCUUCGAGUCCCUCAGCGGCUGAAGACGAUAUGGAUAUCCCUGAAGACGACGAUGAUCUCGCGCAUAUCGCAUUAACGGCCCACAUAAGUAGACUUUCCUUGUCUACUGUACAAAAAACUCGUUUUUUUGGUCAGGCCAGUCCAUUCAUGAUUGCGAAGCACGCAUCAACAAUCAGAAGUAAGAUAACCGGUGUUCCUGAUACCGGCUUGGAUCCAGGUGGCUACAGAAGACUGAUUUUUUGGACUAUGAACCCGUGGGAAGCAAAAUACGUAAAUACAUCGGAAGCAUCCUACAUAUAUCCAGAACACGACCUUCUCAUACACCUGGUCAAUCUGUAUUUUGAUAAGACCAAUAGCCUAAUUCCACUCCUCCAUGCACCGACUUUCAUGAAAUCACUUUCGGCUGGACAGCACUACUGGGACCCGUCCUUUGGAAUGACGGUACUCAUGGUGUGCGCUGUUGCAUCAAGGUAUUCCGACGAUCCACGCGUCUUCAGCGAAAUGGAUGCCGGAGCGCCUGGGCUGUCAUCUGGGUGGCAUUUUUUCACGCAGGUUCCAGUGCAUAGGAGACUUCAGUUGUUUACGACAACUGUUUAUGAUCUUCAAUAUUACUUUUUAGCGGCUUUAUACCUUCAAGGAACUUCCAUGGCUCCUGUGGUUUGUAAUAUUGUUGGAAUAGGCCUCCGAUAUGCAUUGGAUAUGGGUACCCAUAGACGGCGAGGAGGGAACCGGCCAACUGCAGAAGAAGAACUGUUGAAACGUGCUUUUUGGUCCCUAUAUUGCUUUGAGCAAAUAAACAACGCGUAUUUCGGGCGCCCGUCCUGUGUUGCGGAUGACGCAUUUGACGUAGAGUAUCCUAUUGAGUGUGAUGAUGAAUAUUGGGAUAUUGAAGAUCCGCAGGCAGCAUUCAGACAGCCAGCUGAGAAGCCCUCUUCCAUAACUGGUUUUAUCCAGUUUAUAAAAUUAUGCGAGAUUCUCGGGAAAGUAUCUAGGGCUUUGUAUACCACCACCAAGAAGUCAAAAAUUCAGUCUGGCUCUUUUGGUCACGACUGGGAGGCACAAACCGUAGCCGAGCUUGAUUCGGCAAUGAAUCAGUGGAAGGAUUCCAUUCCCGAACAUCUUGUCUGGGACCCUCGCCGUCAGAAUGAUUUGUUCUUCUUCCAGUCUGCAAACCUUCAUUCUACGUUCUAUUACGUACAAAUUCAAGUGCACCGCCCAUUCAUGACCAAAAAAUCACCAAUGUCGUUCUCUUCACUCGCUAUGUGUACGUAUGCAGCGCGAUCCUGUGCUAGUAUUCAAGAGGCAGCCAUGUUACGCGGCCUUCGCGUGCUACCGAACACGGUUUUCGGCACUUUUACCGCAGCAAUUAUCACGGUCCUUUUCCUAUGGGGUAGCCAACGUCCAGGAUACGUGGGAGACCCUCACAAAGAUAUGGAAAAUCUUCUUAAAUGCGUUAAUGUUCUGAGCGAAUGCGAGAAAAGAGAUGUAUUAAAGGAUGCCGGUGCUUUGAAACAUCAUCAAUCCACAAUGAGUAGAUCUUUGGAAGGAAUGGAAAGGCAGAGCUCUGAUGUGAUGCCUUCUUUUGCUGCUGGGGACGAUAUCUCGUCAAUGUUCGUCGCCGACCCGAAUCUGCGCAUAGAUGACUGGGAUUUCUACAAGCUCCUACUGUCGCAGAUGGAUCCGUCUUCAGGUUUUGGAGUGUUUCAAAAUAAUGAUACUCACAAUGAGUAUAUCUAA